AUGUGGUCCUUACUUUCAAAUGUCUCUGAAAAACGUGUCUGCAUUGGAAACACGAAACGGCAGAGGCAAGGGAUGAUGCUGCAAGUGCGAGUUGAUAUGAUAGGUCGAAUUGGAACAGUCAGAUUGAAAGACAGAACGAGCAGCCGAGGUCUGGCUUGGACUUGGCUUCGGGGUCUUUUGCCUGCCGCCGGAGCGAAAAGUAUGGGAUAUUACGCUAUGGGCAUAACACGGUCCAAGGGUGAUCAAAAGUCAAUCAAGGACAGGGACAAGGCAAGAAGAGGUCACGUUUGA